CAGUAAAGAGAUUAAAAAGCAUUGUUGUUUGACUCGUUACGGUUUGAAUAUUAAGAGUAGUGUUUAGCAGGUCACGUGACAACGGGCAGCCCUGCCAUCAAAACAAACGUUACUGCAGAUGAGUUUAUUAUUACUUCGCUGCUCUUGUGUUUGUAGCUCAGCUCGUCUUGCUUCUCUUAUCGAUUAGAUAAGUGCAUUAGUAAAGUUAGUGGAUUUUAUCUCCCUCAUCUAGAGCGCCGCUUUUACUCGAAUGGAACAUGUCCAUGAUACGAGAUGCAUGUUAUUUUGGGCUGCUGGAAGGGCAGGAAGAGGACAUUAAGCCUCAGACGGCAGUGGUUCGGCGGAACCUGUUUGGCCCAGUGGACCACCAGCAGUUACAGCAGGACUUCCAGAGGCUAUUCUGCAUGAAUGUGGAGAUCGCCAAACAGCGCUGGAACUUUGACUUUCAGAUGGACCAACCAGUCCCAGGGUGCAUUGAGUGGGAGGAGCUGCGGUGCCAGGAUGUGCCAGUGUUUUACCAUAGCUGUGUAUUCAGGCACGGUGUGGCAAAGCAAACGGUGGAAGCUUGUUCGUCUCCAGCUAUGGCCACAGAGAAGUAUCUGGAGCUGCGAACCCGAGGACCUCUGAGGGGAACCAAGCAAGAGAAGAGAAUGGCUGCAUUGCAAGGGGUCAAACGCAAACAAGCAAGCAUCACAGACUUUUUCAGAGUGACAAAAAGAAGAUUUCCUGAUCACAAAGCUUCAUCAGGACAGUAAUAGACAUUGGACCUUUAUUAUAUAAGUGUAAAUACACUAUCUGCACAAGUAGCUUUUCUAACUGACCAGAAAAGGCUUAAUAGGAUGUAUAUAAUGUACAUAGACAAACAUGCAUACAAACAUACAAACACACACACACACACACACACAUACAUAUAUAUAUAUAUAUAUAUAUAUAUAUAUAUAUAUAUAUAUAUAUAUAUAUAUAUAUAUAUAUAUAUAUAUAUACAUUAUAUGCACAAAUGUGUGUCUAUUUUUUUACCAAGUGCAGUACCUAUUAAAGGUACCUAUUUUAUUGUUACAACAUGGAAUCAGGUGAAAAAAGUAAUUUGAAGCUAUUAAUUCCAUUAAUUGAAUGAAAAUUUACUCUUGCAAAAUCAACUGAACAUUUUAAAAUCAUAACUAAAUGAAAAAGAAAUUACUGAGAGCAUAAAAUGAAAAAUAAAAUGAAAGCGAUUUACUAAAACUAAAAAUUUAGUUCCCUCAUUUUACUAAAUCAUACGCUUUAUUUGCUAAUUCGUUGCCUUAUUGUGAUAAAUGUUGCACACAAUUUACUAAUUCAUUCUCUCAUUCAUAAAUCGUGUGCAAGAUUUAGCAAAUCAAGGGAACAAAAUAGUAAAUGGUGCACACGAUUUAGCCAAU